AUGUCGUUGAAUUUCGCGUUUUUCAAUGGCGAAGUGACGCGAGAUCGAAAACAAGAAGCAUUUAUGCGAAGUCUGAAUGAGAGGAAUAAUUUUCUUGAACAUUUGAACAAUCUAUCCGAACAGCGAAAUUUGGAGGAUAAAAAGAAUCGAGCCGCGAAAUUGGUGCAGAAAAAAUGGAGAGAAUAUUGGAAGAAGCAGGAGAAAAGGAAGGAAUAUCGACAGAGAUUUGAUAAUAUGAGCAAUGAUGUGGCACCAGGGAACGGGGAGAUGAUGGCGAAAUUGUUGGUGAAUUUCUAUGAGCAGAAAAUGGAUGAGGAGAGAUUGGUAAGGGUUUUGAGGGGAGAAAAUUAAGGAAAAUUCAAUUUUUGGGGUUGAAAAUGAUCCAUUUGGUAAUUUUAUUGGAAAAUUUAUCUGAAAAUUUUCAAAUUUUGAUGAAUUUUGGGAUUUGACUGUUAUUUCUUGAAAUAUUGGUUGAAAAAUCAUGAUUCAGCUGAAAAUUACUUGAAAUUGAUGAUUUUCAGAGAAAAGUUAACCUGAAAACUCUGAAAAUCAUUCAAAUUUUGAACAAUUCGUUGGAAAAAUCAUUUUCGAGCUGAAAAUUAUCUGAAAUUGAUGAUUUUCAGAGAAAAGUUAACCUUAAAACUCUGAAAAUCAUUCAAAUUUUGAACAAUUCGUUGGAAAAAUCAUUUUCGAGCUGAAAAUUAUCUGAAAUUGAUAAUUUUCAGUUGAAAAUUCGAAAAUUUUAUAAUAAAAACUUCUGUAACCUCAAAAUUAUUCAAUUUUUGAUGAAUUUUGGGAUUUUGAGUGUUUUUCUUGAAUUUUGGUUGGAAAAAUGAUUUUCCAGCUGAAAAUAACCUGAAAUUGAUGAUUUUCAGUGAAAAAUGUGGAAAAAAUUGAUCUGAAAACAUUAAAAAUUGGAAAAAAUUUGAACUUUUAGGAAAAAUUACCUGAAAUUGAUGGGUUUCAGUGGAAAAUAUCAGAAAAUUUGAUCAGAAACAUUAAAAAUUGGAAAAAUCUUAAAUUAGAAGAAAAAUUAUCUGAAAUUGCUUAUUUUCAAUCAUAAAUUCACCCGAGAACUCUGAAAAUCAAUCUGAAACCUGAAAAUCAUUCAAAUUUUGAUGAAUUUUGGGAUUUCGACUGUUUUUUCUUGAAUUUUGGUUGGAAAAUCAUGAUUCGGUGAAAAAUAUGUGAAAAAAUGCUCAAUUUUGAGGGUUUCAAGGUUUAAAAUAACCUGAAAUUGAUAAUUUUUCGAUCUGAAACUAUAAAAAAUUCUCAAUCUGGGGUUGAAAAUGAACCAAAUUUGAUAUUUUUUAGUGAACAAUUUAUCUGAAAACUCUGAAAAUCAAUAUGAAACCUGAAAAUUAUUCGAAGUUUGAAAUAUUGGUUGCAGCUGAAAAUUACCUGAAAUUAAUGAAAAAUGUGUGAAAUCGAGCUGGAAACCAAAAAAAUCAAGUUUUGGCCAGAAUUUCAUCUAAGAUUAGUGUGUUAAUCUAAGAUUAAUUUCAUCUAAGUUUUAGAUGUUUUCAGUUGAAUUUUGAGCUUAAAAACCAAGUUUUGAAGCUUAAACAUGGAAACAUUCGAAAUUUUCAGGAUUUUCAGCGCAAAAUCUCAGAUUUUCGAAAAUUCUCGAAAAAUCAAUUUUUCUGUUGGAUUUUCAGAUUAAAACCAAGUUUUGAAGCUGAAAAAUGGGAAAAUUCGAAAUUUUCAGGAUUUUCAGCUCUAAAUCCUUUUUUAAUCUGAAAAUCAGUUUUUCAGUUGGAUUUUCAGCUAAAAACCAAGUUUUGAAGCUGAAACAUUGGAAAAUUUGAAAUUUUCAGGAUUUUCAGCAAGAAAUUGAAAUUCAAAAGAAAAAUAAACAAUUUUCGGAUAAAUUUUUUGAUUUCUAGCAAAAAUUACAUGAAAAUUAGGCUAAAAUUUCCAAAAAUUUUGAUUUUUUAUAUGAAAACCCCCAAUUUUUUCCAGAUAAUCUGCCUGAAUGAAAUCAUCAAAACCGCUCGUGAACAACCCUCCGUAAUUCCAAAAAUCCUUCCGAAUUCCCGUCGAAUUUGCCUCACAAAAUGUUGCCUCAAAUUCAUGCGCUCCGCCACGUCACAAACCAAUUUCUUCAUGAUUUUGCGAUUUUUGGAGAGUUUUGUGAUAAAUGAGCAGAAAUUGUUCGAGAUUGCCGUGAAAAUUGGAUUUUUCGAGGCACAAAUUGCACUUUUAAAUGCCGUGAACGAGCCGAAAAUGGAGAAAAUUGGAGAGAAAAUUGGAAUGAGAGCGCAACAGGUUGUGCAGAGGAUUUUUUCGAUUUUUGAGGUGAUUUUUGGACUGAAAAUCCAACAGAAAACCCAAUUUUUAAAGGAAAAAAGGAUUUAGAGCUGAAAAUCCUGAAAAUUUCAAAUUUUCUUUAUUUUUCAGCUUCAAAACUCGGUUUUCUAGGCUGAAAAUCCAAUAAAAAUUGAUAUUUUUUUCGAAAAUCUGAAAUUUCGAGCUGAAACUGCAUUUUUGGCUCAAAAAUUUGGGUUUUUGAGCUUUUCCUAAUUAUUUUCAGUCAAAAAUUUUGUCUGAAAAUCGGAUUUUCAAUGAAAAAUAGGUACUUUUGAACUGAAAAAAACAUCUGAAAUUUUUAGCUGAAAAUUUGAGUUUCAGAGAAUUUUUUCUGAGCUAAAAUUUGUCUGAAAAUCGGAUUUAUGGUUGAAAAAUUCUAAUUUUCAGUUUUCUGAGCUUGAAAAAUGCUCAUUUGGUUUUUAAGCUGAAAAUUCGAUGAAAAUUGAUUUUUCAUGGAAUAAAUAAUAUUUCUGCAAGAAUUUUGAGCUGAAAUCUGAAAUUUUGAGCUGAAAAUUUGGGUUUCAGAGGAUUUUUUAGUGUGAUUUUCAUUGAAAAUUGAUUUUCUGAGCCAAAAAUUUGUCUGAAAAUCAGGAUUUUCAGUGAAAAUAGGUUUUUUUGAUUUGAAAAUGCAUCUGGAAAUUUGUAGCUGAAAAUUUGGGUUUCUGAUUAUUUUUUGGUGUAGUUUUUGAGUUUUCUGAGCUUUUCCUAGUUAUUUUCAGCCAAAAAUUCGUCUGAAAAUCAGAUUUUUGGAUGAAAAAUCAUUUUUCUAAGCUAAAAAAUGCUCAAAAUUUCUUCAAAAAACCCCGUUUUUUUCCAGAAAUCCAUCUCCAUCCAUUCUCCUCUUAUCUAUCAAAAAUUCAUCGAAUCCGCCACAAAAUCCGCUCCAGAUUUGAUAUUUUUCAACAUCCUGCUUCCCCAAUUUGCUCAAUCAAUAACUCCCGAAAAAUCCGCAUUUCCAACAUUUUUUGUUGGCCAAAAAUGUACCCAAAAAAUCGGCGAAAUAUCGAUUGUUUUUGUUGGAACAGAGCCAAUUUUUGGCGGCAGAUAGUGAGGAGAUUUCACAGUAUUUUGAUGCGUUGGCUGGAAGUAGUUGUGCUGAAAAUUUGGCUGAAAAUCAUGGAAAUGGUAUGGAAACUGAAAAUCUGGUGGAUUCUUAUUUAAAGGAGAGAAUUGAGACGAUUUUGGAAAGUGCCAAGUUUAGACGAAUUGCGCAGAGUUAUGGUAAGUGUUUUUUUGAGAUUUGGGCUGAAAAUUAAGGUCUUUAAGGUUUCAAUUUAGAUUCUUAAGUGAAUUUAGAGCAUUUUGAGUCCACAUUUGGGGGUUCUAGGCCAUUUUUGGGUCCUGGACUAGAUUUGAGCCAAUUUGGAGCAUUUUUAGCCCAAGUUUGAGCAUUUUCUGAUUCUGGAAAGAGAUUUAGGCUUUCCAGGUCUAAAUUAGGGCUUUUGGAGCAUUUUGAGCCCAAAUUUGAGCAGUUUCUGAUUCAGGGACGAAUUUUGGGCUUUCCAGGUCUAAAUCUGGGCUUUUGGAGCCAAUUUGGAGCAUUUUGAGCAUUUUCUGAUUCUGGAAAGUGAUUUGGGCUUUCCACGUCUAAAAUUGGGUUUUUGAGCCCGAAUUUGAGAUUUUCGGAUUUUUUUAUAACCUCAGGCCGAACAUUUUCAGGCCUUUGGGCCUAAAUUUCAGAUUUUUAUGAUUUUCGGAUGAAAAUCUCAGUUUCAUGGCUAAUUUCAUACCUUGGGAACCUUUUAGUUUUUCAGAGUUUCAGAAAUUUUAAGAUCAUUCUGAAAAUUUUCUAAAAAUUUGAAUUCAAUCCCAGUUUAUCCGGGUCAUUUUCAGCCCUUCUCAAAUCAAAUCUGAAAUUCCUCAUUCUAUUUUUUUUUCCAGCCAAUUUGAACAAUGUCAACGUAAUUACAAUUGUUUCACUUCAACGACAAUUUUUGAGAAUUGUCGACUCGUUGGCUGCUUCGGAGAAUUUUAUGAAUUCGUGGGUUUUUUCGCUAAAAAUUCCAGAAAAAUCGGAAAUUUUCAAUUUCAGACUCUGGGAUUAUAUUCGAAAAUCGAUUGAUGAUCGAGGAUUUUUUGAUGAAAAAUGUACGGAUAUUGAAUUUUUGAUAUCCGCGUUGAUUUUGUUUUGUGGAUGUGUGAAGAAUCGGUGGGUUUUUAGGGAAGAGGCUGAAAAUUUGACUUAAAUUUUUUGUCUGAAAAUCUGGGGCUUCUUAACCAGAAAAAUUACGUUUCAAAAAUAUGAAAUUAAUAAUUUUCUGAAUUUUCAAAUCGAUAUAUCGAAAAUUUUAAUUUUGGCUUGAAAAUUAGAAGUUUUUUCAAAAGUUAGGCUAAAUUUUAAUAUUUGUUACCAAAAAAAUUUGCUUGCUGAAAUUUUUUUCUGAAAAAAUACGUUUCAAAAAUAUAAAAUUAUUAUUUUUCUGAAUUUUUAUAUCGAUACGCCGAAUCCAGUUUACAAACCUAGAGUUGACUGAAAAUUUGAAGUUUUUUCAAAAGUUAGGCUAAGUUUCAAUAAUUUUUACCGAAAAAAUUUUGCUGAAAUUUAGAAAAAAAUACGUUUCAAAAAUGUUAGAAUAAUAAUUUUCUGAGUUUUCAAAUCGAUACUUUUUUCUGAAUGCAUAAUUCAAACUCAAAUUUCACUGAAAAUUUGAAGUUUUUUUAAAAGUUAGGCUAAGUUUUGAGAUUUUUCACCAAAAAAAUUGCUGAAUUUUUUUUCUGAAAAAAAACUUGAAAAAAUACGUUUCAAAAAUAUGAAAUUAAUAAUUUUCUGAUUUUUCAAAUCGAUACGCCGAAUCCAGUUUACAAACCCAAAUUUAACUGAAAAUUUGAAAUUGUGCUUGAAGUUUUGAAGUUUUUUUCAAAAGUUAGGCUAAGUUUCAAGAUUUUUUACCAAAAAAAAAUUUCUGAAUUUUUUUUCUGAAAAAAAAACUCGAAAAAAUACGUUUCAAAAAUAUGAAAUUAAUGAUUUUCUGAAUUUUCAUAUCAAUACAUUGAAUUCUUUAUUCAAACUCAAAAUUGACUGAAAAUUUGAAUUUUGGCUUGAAAAUUUGAAGUUUUUUUUCAAAAGUUAGGCUAAGUUUUGAGAUUUUUUAUCAAAAAAAAAAUUGCUGAAAUUUUUUUUCUGAAAAAAAAACUCGAAAAAAUACGUUUCAAAAAAUAUUAGACUAAUAAUUUUCUGAAUUUUCAUAUCGAUACGUCGAGUUCAUUUGUCAAACUCAAAAUUGACUGAAAAUUUGAAUUUUGGCUUCAAAAUUUGAUUUCUCGAGGAUUUCUAGAUAAAAAUUCUGGAUUUUCUACUUUAAAAUUUAAAUUUGAUUGAAAAUUCCUGUUUUCACUUCAAAAGACUGACUUUCCAACCUAUUUUUGAAAUGUUCUUACCCAGCAAAAAAUACGUUUCAAAAAUAUUAGAAUCAUAAUUUUUUGAAAAUCUCAACAUUGAUCGAAAAUUUGUAGAUUUCUACUCAAAAUUCAAAGUUUUUACUCAAAAACCAGAAAAAAAUACGUUUCAACAAAAUAUUCCUCCAGAAUCUCAUCAAUCACCGAUUCCGAAUUUCAACCCGACAUAAUUAUUCCGAAUUUCGUGGGAGUACUGUAUUUGUUGCGAGACACGUGCCUCAAAUUGAUCAAUUUGGUUCAUCCGGAUUUUCCUGGUGGAGCCGGGAAUUUGAAAUUGAAAGAAUUGGAGGCGAGAUUGGAGGAUGCGAAAAAGGUUGGGGGAUUUUUGAAAAUUGGAGAAUUUUGAGCCAGAAAUGGGCUCUCUAAGCCAAAAUUCAGGUCUAAAAAUCAGGCCUAGAAUUAAAUCUAUUAAAAAAAAAUUAGGCCUGAAACAUUUGUCCAAUUUAAGGCCUAUUUUUAAUUGAAAAAAAGCCAUGUUUAGACCCAAUUUAAGGGCUAAUUUUGAAAAUUUUAUACUCAACUUUAGGCCCUAUUUUAGGCUUUCGUUAGCCCCCAUUUCAGGCCUUAUUUAAGGCCCAAUUUUAAUUUUGUUAAGCCGAAGAUUCAGGCCUUUUUGGGUUUCAGACUCACUUUUCAGAUUCAGGCUAAUUUCAGGCUCAGUUAUAGGUCUAAUUUUGAGCCUAAUACAAAGCCUAAUUUUAUCGUUUAUAGGCCUAACUUCAGACCUUAUUUAAGGCCCAAUUAUAGGCCUCUCAUAUUUGAUUAUAAGUUUAAUUUCAAAAAAUUUUUGAAAUUUAGGUUUCUGGGCUUUUUAGCAAGCAUUUCGGGCCCUUUGGCCCAAUAUAAGGCCUAACGUUGGACCUAAUUUAAGGCCUAAUUUUAUAUUUUAUAGGCCCAACUUUAAGACUAAUUUUAGGCUCAAUUAUAGGCCUCUCAUAUUUGAUUAUGGGCUUGAUUUUAAUAAAUAUUUUCGAAUUUUAGGUUUCUGGGCUUUUUUUUAGCAAAAAUUUCAGGCCUCUUAGGCCCUAUAUAAGGCCUAAUUUUAGACCCUAAUUUAGGCCAAUUUUUUGAGUUUCAGGUUAAUUUUGUGGUGAUUUUUAGGUGAUUUUCAGUAAACCCAUUAAAUGUUUCCAGUCUGAAAAUCUUCCCAUCAAUUUUUCUUUUUCCAGAAAUGGCAAGAAGUUUGUGACGCAGUCGUCACAACUCUCCAAGCAGUCCACGAAAAAGACGAACGACUCAAAUUCCUGACGGAAAAAUUCUGGAGUGAUCAUGAUCGAAAUGUUGUGAUCACGAAAUGGGAUGGAGAUUUUGUGGGAAUUCAGAGAAGACGAAUUGGAAGAGGAGCCAAUAAUCAAAAGUUUGUGGAAAAAAAUUGAGAGAAUUCAUAAAUUUGGCCAUUUUCAGGACGAAAAUUGAGAUUCUGACCGGUUUUUUGAAGGUUUUGGGUUAAAAUUUGUGAAAAUUGAUGAAUUUUGAACCUAGAAGAUGAAAAUUUGAGAUUUUUGUCAAAUUUUUGGUAUGAAAAUUCGAAUCUGAGCAUUUUUUUGCUGAAAAUUGAGAUUCUGGUCAUUUUCAGUUCGAAAAUUCAGAUUCUGACCAUUUUUUGGCUGAAAAUUUGUGAAAAUUUAUGAUUUUUGAAUCCAGAAGAUGCAAAUUUGAGAUUUUUGUCAAAUUUUGGUAUGAAAAUGAAUGUGAGCAUUUUCAGCUCGAAGCUCGAAAAUUCAAAAUUUGAUCAAUUUUGAGCUAAAAAUUUGAAGAAAAUUGAUUUUUGGUAAAAAAAACAUUUGAAAAUGAUGAAAAAUCCCACAAAUUCCGAUUUUUUACAAUUUUGAGAUGAAAAUUUGAUUUUUUAAGAAAAUUUGAAGUUUUUCCCAUGAGAUUACUUUUUUUCAUGCUGAAAAUGCUGAAAAUCAUAAUUUUCAGCUAAAUCAUCAAAUUUUUGUCUGUAAAGGUUUCCUGAGCUCAUUUUCCGUGCUGAAAAUGCUGAAAAUCUUAAAUUUCAGCUAAAUCAUCAAAUUUUUGUCUGGAAAUUUUUGAAAAAUUGAGAAAAUUCAGGUUUUUUUCCACUCAAAUUUGAAUUUUUGGGCAAAAAAUUUGUGAAAAAUUUGAAAAAAAUAGCAAAUUCAAUGUGAAAAAUCCACAAAAUCCCCAAAUUUUCCAGCGAAGAUUCAGAUUUUCAUCAAUUUUCAGAUGAAAAUUUGAGCAUUUUCAGCCAGAAAAUUCUAGAAAUUUUCAAAAAAAAUUCUAGAAAUUUUCAAAAAAAAUUCUAGAAAAUUUCAGAAAGUGUUCGAAAUUUUCUCACAAAAUCCUCCGAAUUUUGCAGCGAAGAUUCGACAUUUGUUCAACAAUUAUUGGCUGAUUAUGAUUCUGAUUCCUCUUCUUCAUCUUCUUCAGCUUCCGAUGAUGAACACACUGGAAUAUCUCGAAAAACUCGCGCCAAAACUCUCACCAAUCGCCGCCCGUAA